UCUCUUAAAAAAAUAUUAAUAAUAAUAAAAAAUCCUAUUUCUCCGUUCACUGUCCAUAGAUAUUAAUCCGUCGCCGACCAUCUCUCUCUCUCUCUCUCUCUCUCUCUCUCUCCGAUUGCUUAAUCUCCAAAUUCACUGACAACCCCUUUCACACUGGACUUCCGAUACAAGCUGCAGCUAUUCCUAAUUCUGAUCCACUCAACCCUUUCCAUUUCUCUCUUUAUGUGAUCGGGACUACAUCGGAGUCUUUGAAAAAUGGAUCGGGCGACGAUUACUGUGGGGCCGGCCAUGGAUAUGCCGAUUAUGCACGACAGUGACCGCUAUGAUUUCGUCCGAGAUAUUGGCUCCGGGAACUUUGGGGUUGCCAGGUUGAUGAGAGACAAGCAUACUAAAGAGCUCGUUGCUGUUAAGUAUAUUGAGCGAGGCGAUAAGAUAGAUGAAAAUGUUCAGCGAGAAAUCAUCAAUCACAGGUCAUUGAGGCACCCUAACAUAGUCAGGUUCAAAGAGGUCAUCUUGACCACUACCCAUCUUGCAAUUGUAAUGGAAUAUGCUUCUGGAGGAGAGCUCUUUGAGCGUAUAAGCAAUGCAGGACGCUUUAGUGAAGAUGAGGCUCGCUUCUUCUUUCAACAACUAAUAUCGGGAGUCAGCUACUGCCAUGCGAUGCAAGUGUGUCACCGGGACUUGAAGUUGGAGAACACUUUACUAGAUGGAAGUCCAGCCCCUCGUUUGAAGAUAUGUGACUUUGGCUACUCAAAGUCAUCUGUGCUCCAUUCACAACCAAAGUCAACAGUCGGAACACCUGCAUACAUUGCUCCAGAAGUGCUAUUAAGGCAAGAAUAUGAUGGCAAGAUUGCAGAUGUGUGGUCAUGUGGAGUGACCCUCUACGUAAUGCUUGUUGGAGCCUAUCCUUUUGAGGAUCCUGAUGAACCAAAGGAUUUCCGAAAGACAAUACAAAGAAUCCUAGGCGUCCAGUAUUCCAUUCCUGAUUGUGUUCAAAUAUCUCUCGAGUGUCGCCACCUGAUAUCAAGAAUUUUUGAGGCAGAUCCUGCAACGAGAAUCACUAUUCCCGAGAUUAAGAACCAUUCCUGGUUUUUGAAGAAUCUCCCAUCGGACUUGAUGGAUGAAAACACAAUGGGAAAUCAAUUUGAAGAGCCUGAUCAACCAAUGCAGAGCCUCGAUGCAAUAAUGCAGAUAAUCGCUGAGGCCACAAUACCAGCAGUUGGUUCACAUGGCCUUAUGUGCAUGACAGAUAACCUUGACAUGGACGACGACGACGACAUGGAUGAUCUGGAUGACGAGUCUGAGCUUGAUAUAGAAAGCAGCGGUGAAAUAGUGUAUGCAAUUUGACAAUUGAUAUUGAGGUGCAGAAACGACAAAAAUUAUGGGACUUUUCUUUUGGGACUGGUUCUGACUUUCAAAGAAUUUGUUUAAGAGGGAAGAACAUUAGCUUGUUCUCAUCGCUUUGUAGAUUAUCUUUACAAGUGUUUCUUGCUGUCCCAGGUUUACCUUACCUGCACUCCUUGGACUAUGCCAUGUCAUUAAAACGCAGCUAUUAACUCGCGUUGUUGAAAAUGAUUUAAAGGCUAUGAGUUAUGAAGAAAUCAGGGUCGAUGAAAGUGCAACGCUGCCGAAAGUCAGGAGAUCUAUUCUGUUUUUCCGGCAGCCAGUUGAACUUGAUUUCACUGUUGCUUUUGACAUUGUCCUGUAUUUGUUUGUCGUUAUUUUGCAUGAAUUUGUGUACCUUGUACAAAAGUUAUGGACUCUGUUGAUUUGUCCCUUUUCCAAUGUUACUUCAUAAGUUAAGAGUCAUUAUGUUUUGACAGGAAAA